UCCAAAUUGUAACAGUAACACCGGCUUCAGCACACGCUCCUCCUCAACGUACACACACACAAACGCAAAUGUCCAUACCUUAACGCCCUCAUCCGUCCCAAGAACCCCAAGCUUGCCCCUCCCAUGGCUUCAACGGCUAGUUUUCUGUGGUUCUUCUUCGCGUUGGCCUCUUUCUUGUGCUGUGCUGAGUCCUUGUCGGAGAUCCAAGCACUAAUGGCUUUCAAGCUUCGACUCCAUGACCCCCUCGGCUCCUUGGACGGCUGGGAUCCCUCCACGCCCUCCGCUCCUUGUGACUGGCGUGGCAUUUUCUGUUACAAUAACCGGGUUCGCGAGCUUCGCUUGCCUCGCCUUGAACUCGCCGGUCCGCUCUCGGAUUCCCUCUCCGACUUGGUUCAACUUCGCAAGUUAAGCCUUCAUUCUAACAACUUCAAUGGCUCCAUUCCUCCUUCCCUCUCUCAAUGCCUGCUUCUGCGUUCCGUUUAUCUUCAUAAUAACUCCUUUUCUGGUAAACUGCCCCCGGCUCUUCUCAACCUCACCAACCUUCAAAUCCUCAACGUUGCUCGGAACUUUCUUUCCGGCCGAAUCCCCGGAGAUUUAUCGAACUCUCUCCGGUUCCUUGAUUUAUCGUCGAAUGCAUUUUCCGGUGAUAUUCUGGCUAAUUUUUCGGCAAAAUCUCAGCUACGACUCAUCAACUUGUCCUACAAUCGGUUAUCUGGUAGAAUACCGGGCUCUGUAGGGGUUCUGGGGCAGCUUGAGUAUCUUUGGCUGGACUCCAACCAGUUGUAUGGGACCCUGCCUUCGGCUCUGGUUAACUGCUCUUCUCUUGUGCAUCUGACCGCCGUGAGCAAUGCGCUUUCCGGUUUGAUUCCGGCGACCAUGGGGACGAUGCCGAGACUUCAAGUUCUGUCGUUGUCGUCGAAUCAACUUUCGGGAUCGGUCCCCACUUCUCUGUUUUGCAAUGUCCACUUGGCCAAUGCUUCUUCGCUGAGAAUCGUUCAACUAGGCUUUAAUGCACUCACGGGCAUUUUCGAGCCGCCAAAUGCAAGGUGUGUUAAUGUUUUGGAGGUUUUAGAGCUUAAGGAGAAUCGUAUUCGCACUGCAUUUCCCUCCUGGUUGACUAAUGCGACGUCGUUAAGAGCUGUUGAUUUUUCCGGAAACUACUUUUCUGGUAUUUUGCCGGCGGAUAUUGGGAAUAUAUUGGGGCUAGAGGAGCUUAGGUUGGCAAACAAUUCGUUAUCUGGUGAUGUUCCUCAUGAAAUUGUGAAAUGUACUUUGUUACAGGUUCUUGAUCUUCAAGGAAAUCAAUUCUCCGGCCUCAUUCCUUCGUUUCUUGGCCAACUGAGGAAUCUCAAAAUGUUAUCUCUUGGCGAUAACCUGUUUACUGGUCCUAUACCCACGAGUUUGGGAACACUUUCCGAGCUCGAGUCGUUGAACUUGAGCAACAAUAAACUUACGGGAUUCAUUCCCCCGGAAUUAAUGCGAUUGGGUAACAUGAGUGCUUUGAAUCUCAGUAACAACAAAUUUUCAGGGCAACUUUCGUCUGCCAUCGGGGAUUUAACAGCUCUGCAGGUUCUGAAUUUGAGUCAUUGUGGGUUAUCAGGACAGGUUCCGGCUAGUGUUGGUGGUUUAAUGAAACUAACGGUGCUGGAUUUAAGUAGGCAAAAUCUUUCAGGUGACUUGCCAAUCGAGCUCUUCGGAUUACCUAGCCUGCAGGUUGUUGCUCUUCAAGAGAACCACUUAUCUGGAGCUGUUCCAGAGGGUUUCAGCAGUCUAGUCACCCUGCAAUAUCUUAAUAUCAGCUCUAAUGUCUUUGCUGGUGAAAUUCCAGCGACUUAUGGAUUUCUUCGAUCGUUAAUUGUUCUUUCUGGGUCUCAGAAUCAUAUUUCUGGCAGAAUACCAUCAGAGAUUGGUAACUGUUCUCAGCUUGAAGUUCUCGAGCUUCGUUCAAAUCGUUUGCAUGCAGACAUUCCUGGCUAUAUCGCCCGUCUUAAUCGUUUAAGAGUCCUUGAUUUGGGAGACAACAAGUUAACAGGAGAUAUUCCAGAAGAAGUAUCCGAAUGUUCUGCUUUGACUUCACUUCUCUUGGAUGCUAAUCAAAUAACGGGUCAAAUACCAGAAUCCUUAUCAACUUUAUCAAACCUGAAUGCUUUGGAUCUCUCCUCAAAUCAAUUGAGCGGAGACAUUCCAGCCAGCCUGUCACUCAUCUCUGGUUUGAAGUAUCUAAACGUCUCUAGAAAUAAUCUUGAGGGUCAGAUUCCGGAAAUGCUGGGCUCCCGAUUCGAUGAUCCUUCUGUAUUUGCAAUGAAUAACAGGUUAUGUGGAAAACCACUGCAUAGGGAAUGUGCAAACGUAAGGCGGCGAAAGAGGAAGAGGCUAAUAAUAUUUAUAGGUGUGGCUCUUGGUGGACUAUGCCUUUUGGGACUAUGCUGCUGUGGCUAUGUUUAUAGUCUCUUACGGUGGCGCAAUAAGCUGAGAGAAGGCGUAACAGGGGAGAAGAAGAAGAAGAGCCCUGCUCGUUCAAGUUCAGGAGCAGACAGAGGUCGAGGAAGUGGGGAAAAUGGAGGGCCAAAACUAGUAAUGUUCAAUAACAAGAUCACUUAUGCUGAGACACUGGAAGCAACCAGACAAUUUGAUGAAGAGAAUGUGUUGAGCAGAGGAAGAUACGGUCUUGUGUUCAAAGCGUCGUACCCAGAUGGAAUGGUGCUGUCAAUCCGUCGUCUUCCUGAUGGAUCCAUCGAGGAAGGAACCUUCCGUAAAGAAGCAGAAUCAUUAGGAAAAGUGAAGCACCGCAAUUUAACAGUAUUGCGUGGCUAUUACGCAGGACCACCUGACGUGAGGCUUCUUGUUUAUGACUACAUGCCCAAUGGAAACCUUGGGACUCUUCUUCAGGAAGCAUCUCAGCAAGACGGCCAUGUACUUAAUUGGCCUAUGCGUCAUCUCAUCGCACUAGGCAUUGCUCGUGGGCUAGCCUUCCUACAUUCAGUCUCAAUAGUUCAUGGCGAUGUGAAACCUCAAAAUGUUCUGUUUGAUGCUGAUUUUGAAGCCCAUUUAUCAGAAUUUGGCUUAGACAGAAUAAAAAUCGCAACCCCAGCAGAAGCAUCGUCAUCGUCCACUCCCAUAGGAUCAUUGGGGUACGUAUCGCCGGAAGCAGCGUUAACUGGGCAAGCGACCAAGGAAGCUGACGUCUACAGCUUUGGGAUUGUAUUGUUGGAGAUUCUGACAGGAAGAAAACCGGUGAUGUUCACGCAAGACGAAGACAUAGUGAAAUGGGUGAAAAGGCAAUUGCAAAGGGGUCAGAUAUCGGAAUUGCUUGACCCUGGGCUGCUAGAGCUAGACCCAGAGUCAUCGGAAUGGGAAGAGUUCUUGUUGGGGAUCAAAGUGGCUCUUUUAUGCACAGCACCGGAUCCUCUCGAUCGGCCGUCAAUGACUGACAUUGUUUUCAUGCUCGAAGGUUGCCGGGUCGGACCGGAGAUUCCGUCGUCGGCCGAUCCCACCACGUUGCCUUCCCCAACUUGAUUUCUUCUUUUUCUUGCGGAAAAAAAUGGGGAAAGUAACAGGAUUUCUUCGAUUUAAUUAUGGUUAUUCUCUGGUGAUUUAUGGGAAGAAUUGUUUUUCGUGUUGAAUUUAAGUUCCUUUUUAGGCCUGAGCGACUCUUUAUUCUCCUCGAAUUAAGCUUUUGACCCGACGGCGCUGUUCGCUGCUAUGGUCAAAUGGAUAUCCGUAAUUCCGUGCGCGAGAACCUGAGGGGUUGUUCCCGCCAAAUGAAUUAUAUCAAAUAUGGAGGUGCCACGUGUCGAGACCGGAGGGUGAAGGGAACUAACCGUUAAUGAGUCAUCGAUAAAGCGGA